AUGCAUUCAAUACUUGUUUUAGCUGGUGAUAUUUACAUGUUCAAGCUAGCAUUCAAACUAUUUAACAAAGAAGCUGCAACUAUUAGUCUGCUACUAUAUAUAUCUUGUUAUUCUGUGACUACUAUUGCAGUGAGGACAUUUACUAAUUCUAUCGAGGGAUUCCUGCUUUUGAUUACUCUCUACUAUUUCUAUGAGAUUAAGGUUGAAUUUGAUAGAAAUGUGAAGAUUUUCGCUAUUCUAAUGGCAAUAUCAUUUUCAAUCAGAUGUACUUCAGCUGCCUGCUGGAUCAUUCCAAUAAUGCAUAAGAUUUAUAUCUAACCUGAGAGUUUGAAUAUACUUUUGAAAGCUGCUGCUUUUAUUAGUAAGACUUGUGGUCUUACUUAACUUUAUGUAUCCUAUCGCAAUAUUUUGCAUGAUUAAUUAUACGAUUAAAGAGAUAAAAAUGAACAAGCGAUUUCCAAUAAUGAUAAGUAUGAUACUGACUCAGAUGAUAAUGGUAUCAAUUGUUCCUCAUAAGGAAAACAGAUUUUGUUUUCCAAUACUUGGAUUGAUUUUCAUAAUCAUGGGCAGUUUACUCAGUGA